AGGAAAAAGAAGUCCUCUCAUGGCAAAAUCAAGCUUUGUUAUUACUGUUGUGGUUAUAUUCUAUUGUAUAUGCAACCUUGUAAUUCCAACAAAAUGUUACCGUUACAAUCCUCAGCCCUUAGAAGAUGUAAGUGCAAGCUUGUUCAUCUUUGGAGAUUCAGUAUUCGAUGUUGGAAAUAAUAACUAUAUCAACACUCCAGCUCAAGCCAAUUUCUAUCCAUAUGGUGAAAACUUCUUUAAGUACCCAUCUGGUAGAUUUUGUGAUGGUCGAAUUAUUCCUGAUUUUAUUGCUGAGUGUGCUAAGUUACCACUCAUUCCACCCUAUUUGUACCCUGGAAAUCACGAAUAUAAAUAUGGGGUGAACUUUGCAUCAGGUGGAUCUGGUGCUCUGACUGAAACUAGACAAGGAUUUGUGAUAGAUCUCAAAACUCAGCUUAGUUAUUUCAAGAACGUAAGCAAUCAACUGAAGCAGCAAAUGGGUUAUGCAAAUGCCAAGACUCUGCUUUCAAGAGCAGUUUACAUCUUCAAUGUUGGGAGCAACGAUUACUUAUUCCCUUUCGAUACUAAUACCACAAUCCUUAACUCCUACACUACUGAAAAGUAUGUGGGAAUGGUCAUAGGCAACAUAACUGAAGUUCUUCAGGAAAUUUACAACAUUGGAGGAAGGAAAAUUGGGUUUCUAAACUUGCCUAAAUUAGGGUGUUCCCCAUUGGGUAGAGUGCUUGAAGAGGGCAAUAGUGGAGCCUGCUUUGAAAAACUCACACCCUUUGUAAAAUUACACAACACACAACUCUCCAUGAUACUAAAAGAGUUGCACACAAAGCUCAAAGGAUUUAGAUACUCACUUGUUGACUUUUACUCAUUUUCUCAAGAAAGGUUGAAUCACCCCUCAAAAUAUGGCUUUAAAGAAGCUAAAGUGGCAUGUUGUGGAAGUGGUCCUUAUAGAGGACAUUUCAGCUGUGGAGGCAGGAGAGGAGAGAAAGAGUAUGAGCUAUGUGGAAAUGUCACAGACUAUUUCUUCUUCGACUCUAGUCAUCCCACAGAAAAGGUCAACAAACAAUUUACCAUGGAAGCUUGGAGUGGUAAGCCAGGUUUUUCAGGGCCUUACAAUCUCAAAGAAUUAUUUGAAUCCAACUAAAAUGGAGUAUUGUUAGGGGUUCUUAGUAAUCCUCAAUAUAGCGUAAUAGCAUAAUGUUAUGG